AUGACGCGGAUACACCAUGUACACUCUCUAAUCAUCUACACGGCGGACGAGCUCACAAAACGUCUGUUCAGUUCCGAGGAAUGGAAAGAGAUUUGCAGAACCUAUCCUGUACACCUGGAAGAGCUCUCCACCGAGACGCGGGAGUAUCUUCAGACAUUCCACACGUUUGACAUCCAAGGCAUACACAGGGCAGCUAAUGCUCCUAUCCCAGUCAUCGGUCAAUAUAAGCACGAAAAGCACUGGGAACUACACUGGAUAAGGAAUUCCGUCGUCCAAUGGCUCGGCCUAUAUUCUGAGACGCCUUCGCCCAUGGCGGAGAAGGACAACAGCGAGUCAUUCUGGAGAAAUGACGUGUAUGGGGUUAUCAACUCGCUCAUGAGGGACGUUCCAUACAUGCGCAUGGUGCAUGGAGAGCUAACGGUCAAGGAGUCUGCCCAGCGGAGAAACAUGCAAAAGACAGGCGAUUCAGGCCGCACUGAUCUCGGAUACAAGUGCGACGGGCUCUUCCAGGUUUCAGGACAUCCCAACGCGAAUGUGGGUGUUGUCGAAGCUGGCAAGUCGUUCAACAACAACGUCGAUAAGAAGUACCGUGAGGACUGUGUCAAAAUGACGCGCGAGCUCCAUGAUAUGUUGCGCGUUCGCAUUGCCAACCUUCGUGUUUACAGCCGAGCCAGGGAGCUUACAGUUUUAGGCUAUGUUAUCUCUGAGUGGCCUCGGCUCCCAAACCCCAAGGAACAGAUGAAGGCAAAGCAGGUGCAGAGCGAAGAUGAGCAGGAGGAAGAAAAGAACGAAGAGGUCGAGGAGGAAAGGUAUGAUGAAGAAGACAAGGAGAAAGAGGAGGAGGAGGAAGAGGAGGAAGAAACAGAGUAG